AUGCCCCGGGCCUACAAAGAAGAAAAGAUGGCCAGACGGGCUCCGCGGCAGGAAGACCAGGCAACCUGCAACCAUUUCAUUCUCAACUCCCCGAACGGGGACAGUGAUUCUUUUACAAAUGACUAUUCGGAGUCCUACAGUUCCGUGAAAGCGCGGAAUUCCAGCUCCACCGAUCCACCCUCCGAUGAAAAGCUGAAAGGCAGCCCCCAAAGGGGAAGUUCGCACAAAGGAAGCCCGCACAGAAUGCGACAAGGCACACCGAGCAGCAUGCCAGCCCCGACAUCUUUGCGAACACACCAGCCGACACACCCGGAAGCUCGAUCCGGGAAGGUGUUCGCGUCCGUUGGAUCCGUCUUUCAUGACGAGGGCAGGUGUCAGCCGUGCAGAUUCGUCUCCCUCCCGGAUGGCUGCCGGAAUGGCGCGGAGUGUACCUUUUGCCACAACGAGUCGCAUGAGACAGACCCGAACAGCGCGCACCGGCCUCCAAAGGGGGUUCGCUCAGGCUACAAGAAGUCCGUGAAUCAAGCCCUGUAA